AUGAUACUAUUGUUAAUCGCUCUUAAUAAUUGUCCCCGUAGUAUCUAUAUUCACGCUAGGGGGUUAAAGGAUGGGGGUAAUGUAUGUUUUAAGAAUGGUGAGUUUGUUUCUGCCGGUGCAAAGUACGAUAGAGGGCUAAAACUUCUUUGCUUUGGUUUACCAAGUAAUGUGGAGGAUAGUGUCAUGUUCUGGAAUCUAGCAAUUGUCUUGGAAUUGAAUCUUGCAGCUUGUGCUCUUAAGAUCCAUGACUAUAAUCAAACGAAGGAGCUUUGCUCCUUAGUCUUAAAUCUUGAUGGUAGCAAUGUUAAAGCUCUUUAUAGAAGGGCCUUAGCAGAGAUUAGACUUUUCCAAUUGGAGGAGGCAUAUGAAGAUCUUGGCAAGGCAGCCAAGAUAGAGCCAACUAAUAAGGAUAUUCUCCGCAAGUUAGAAAGGUUGAUGGGACUACGUGGUCAAGCUAGAAAACUCAAUGGCAAGAGGGGUGCCGAGAAUUCUGUCCUCACUCACUGUACUCACAAAAAAAAAGGGAAAGGCCAUUCAACCCCACGAUAG